GAAGUUCACAAUUCAUUGAAUGACAGUUGUCAACUUGUUUCUUUGCACAAAACAAUGUCAGGCGGUGUACAAUUUUAUAAUUUUUUGAUGUAUUUUACAAUAUUUCGUUAUUAAAAUCAGUUCAUAAAUUCUAUGGCAAAGGAAGAUGAUAACGUUACCGCGUCUGUGGCACACAUCGUAUUGUGUUGCGUGGCCGGGAGGGGGAUCAGUCGCAUGCAAGGAAAGAGCUUCACUCAUCCCGGAAUGCACGCUAACUUCUUCAUACAUGGAGUAAUGGGAUUUCUACACUACCAAAGCGGUAUUCUCGACAAUGACAUCAAAGAGGUUUACUUGAUGAGCCUGAGGGCGGCGCGGUAUAUCGCGCUGCCUUGCCUCAUGGCGGACCUCUACCGGACCAACCACGGAGUCGCGACCCUGCACCUCGUCUCUGGAGCCGUUCCCUUCGCCCUGGCCCUCGCCGGCAAGGACAACGUGCCUCUCGGAAACCUCAUGAUUGCCUGCAACAUUAUCUCCCUCUGCCACUACUCUAUCCAGCACAAUAGGGAGUGGGGCUGGUACACGGCAGCUGCCGGUAUCAUCGCGUACUUUGUAUCACCCCAGACGAACCAGAAGAUGUUUUUCCCCCUAGCCUUAGCCCUCAUGGAGUACUGCGCCUACAGGGUGUUCCACGUUCACUAUGACCCUCCACCAGGACCGCCACCGCGCUAAUCACAUUAGCACUGUAAUAACAAUAUAUUGUUUUUUUGAAGGUAUAUUUUUAUUUUUGUGUAAGUACAGAACUAAAGGAUUUAUCGAAGAUCAUGCGAUGAACACAAGAAAAAGAAAAGCGCGUCAAUUGAGAUUUGAAAUCUUUGGGAAGGAGUGAUUAGGGGUGAAUCUAUCUAUCAAUUUUACCUGUUGUUAAUAUACGCAUGUUUUGUAAUAUUU